CGACAACAAACCUCAUCAGAUCAACACAACAUGAAUGAAAGCUGAAACAUGUGCCUGCCUUCUUCGCUAUGGUGUUUGAACGAAUGCGGCUCUCGCAGCACAUCGCCAGAUCUGAGGCUCUUAUGACUGCCACAAAAAGGUUAGCCGGCCCCACUAUCAUGAUCAGCAAGUUCGCGGAUGCUCCGAUUGGGUCAAUUGAUGGAGCUUCCUCCACUCCUCCAAUGGUUCAUGAGCUGUAGAAUCGUCAUGGCACUGUACAAAUGCAUGCCAAUGUUUCUCCUCACCUCCCGGAAGCGCAACUGUUGACGUCUGGAUGACACCGAUUACUCAAAGCCCACCUUGGAAGGAAGCAGCCGCCGACCAAAUGUCAACGUCACGGUCAAUUGAGAGGGGUAGAGCUAAGCUACGAGGUUUAAGAGACUACCUGCAGCAUCCCUAGACAUUGUUUUCGAAAUGGACAUUCCUUCUUCUCUCACAUCCAAGCUUCCAGUCAUGUCUUCCAACAGCAACCAGACAAACCCUCUUCAGCACCCGCUGGAAGCAAUUGCUUCUGGCAUCCAGGGCGCUACCUCUGGCGAGGCUCGCGCUCCUAGACUUGCACACAACAUGUCUACUAAUGAGGGCCCUGCCGACAUCAUUGCCAAGGUCUCUGGUCAUACUCAAGGCGGAAAGCGCGAAGAUGAUGGACCCUACUACACAAACAAUGAAGGGAUUCCUCUGCCUGACCCUGCACACAGCAAGAACAUUGGAGGUAUCCCGCUGGUGAGCGAUGUUCACCUCCUGCAGAAGCAGCAGCACUUCAACAGAUCGAAGAACCUUGAAAGAAUGGUACACCCUUGCGGCAGUGGUGCUUUUGGCCACUUCGAAGUCACCAAGGACAUCUCGGAGCUAACCAAGGCCGAUUUCUUGUCAACCGUUGGCGAGAAGACACCCGUCUUCGUUCGUUUCUCUACCGUUACCCUGGGUCGUGAGUUCCCUGACGAGGCUCGUAACCCUCGUGGUUUUGCUAUCAAGUUCUACACCAAGGAGGGCAACUACGACAUUGUUGGCCUCAACUUCCCUGUCUUCUUCUGCCGCGACCCUAUCCAAGGACCCGAUGUUAUCCGUUCCCAAGCACGCAACCCCCGUAACUUCCUGCUCGACUACGAUGCCACAUUCGAUCUGCUCGGCAACACCCCCGAAUCGAUUCACGCCGGUGUGAUGUUCUUCAGUGACCACGGUACACCUCAAGGAUGGACCAACAACCACGGCUAUGGUUGCCACACAUUCAAGUGGGUCAACAAGCAAGGCAAAUUUGUCUACAUCAAGUACCACUUCAUUGCCAAGCACGGCCAGAAGCAAUUCACUCAGCCUGAAGCCAUCCGAAUCUCGGGUGAGAACCCUGACUACUCCAAACAAGAGCUAUGGGAGGCCAUGGAGCGUGGUGAAGAGAAGGAAUGGACAGCUAAGGUACAGAUUAUGCAGCCCGAAGACGCCGACCCUGCAAAGCUCGGCUUUGAUCCCUUCGAUGUCACCAAGGUCUGGCCUCGUGAUCAGUUCCCCAUGCACGAGUUUGGUCGCUUGGUGCUCAACAAGAACCCUGAGAACUACCACCGCGAUGUCGAGCAGGCUGCCUUCUCGCCAGGCUCCAUGGUACCUGGUAUUGAGGACUCGCCCGACCCGCUGCUGCAGUUCCGCAUGUUCUUCUACCGCGAUGCCCAAUACCACCGUAUCGGUAUCAAUUUGCACCAAGUUCCGACCAACUGCCCCUUCAUGGCUCGCUCGGUAUCAUCCGUCAACUUCGAUGGUGCAAUGCGCGUAGAUGCCAACCAUGCAGGCAAUAAACAAUACAACCCCAACAGCUUCUCACACAAGUUCCGUCCUGACGUGGCUGAAACGCCCUACAAGGUUUCGGACAAUGUCGUUUCCCGCAAGAGCCAUUACUACCACGAGUGCAAGGUCAGCGAGUACGACCAGGUCCGCGAGCUCUACACACGUGUCAUGGAUGAUGGUGCACGAGCAAACCUCCACUCGAACACAGCCAAGAUGAUGAGCCACGUCAACUACCCUAUCAUCCAGAAGAAGUUCUUGGCUCAGAUCUACAACGUUGCUCCCGAGUACGCUCGCGCUGUGUACGACCUCACAACUUACAAGAACGAGAAGUUUGACUUCUCCGAGGUUGAGAAGCUCAGCAAGGAUGCUCACAUGUGGUACAAGGAGCCCAAGCUGAGACCUGAUGAGGAUGACAGACUUGUGGGCUUCGCUCCCGCAAACCCCUUCUACCACUAAGAGAUUCACUGUGCUUCCUAGGAGCCUGAUGUUGUAAUGUCGACACACCUGAGUCUGAAUUGUUUUCCUAUAGUUUGAGAUACC